AGCCCGGCGCCCGUCUUCCCUCUCCUCGCGAUUGGAGGGCUCUUCACGUAUCUGCGUUACCAUUGGGCAACGGACGCAUCAAUCCGCAUUGCCCGAGGCUACCGGGACGUGGGCCGCACCGAGUAGGAGAGGGCAGGGCUUUCCCCCGUUGAGAGCACCUAUCUUGUUUGAAAAAAAGCAUGGUUCGGCGGCCGCGUCGCUAUUGGUGGUUUCCGCGACUAGGCCCGACCCCUUUGCCUUUUCCAGCCAAUGGUCUGGUGCGGCGGGUGAGUUCGAACGGCGGGGGCGGGGACGGGAACAGGGACAAGGCGCGGUCAGUCAGUUGAGCGCGAGAUUCGAAAGCGCGGCGGUUGGUGGUGGUGAGGUGCUGGCGCUGCUGCCGCUGCCAUGGCGCUCCCCUCGCUCCGGCAGCUGGAGUCGCUGAAAUAUGUCGAGCUCCAGCGGAUCGCGAAGGCUGCCGGCUUGAAGGCCAACCUUCGGGCAGACAAAUUGUUGAAAGCGCUGAAGCAACAGCUGCAUGGAACACAGCAAGAAAACGAAAAUAUGGACUCUGAGAAGAGUGCAUCUGCUUCCAUUGAAUUGGAUGAACUGAGCAAUCAGGAGGAAAUUAUGCCUGAUUCAGUGUGUUUUAUUACAAAAAGACGUGGUAGAGAAAAGAAAAUAACCAGAAAAAAGAAGAAUUCCAACGAGGAAACUAAUACCAGUGAAGAAAAUACAGGGCUUUCUGCUGAGAAAGAGGAGUAUUCUGAAAUGAAAGAAAAUGAAGUGCCUCUGGGUGAACAUGAAAAAGGACAGAAGGUAUUCCAAAAUGAGGAACCAGUAACUGAAAAGAGAGCUAUUGAGAAUUCAGAGAUGGGUACUGGUCAGCGAGAGCAACCAGAGAAGAUGUCUGCUAAAGGCGGUGGAGAUGAAUGUGAUGCUCAUCAUGCAGGAGGGAAGGUUCCUUUACAUGCAGGCCGUGCAUCUAGGUCUGGGAAAACAGGAAUGAAAGCUACUACACCAAACUUUAAAAAGUUGCAUGAGGCUCACUUCAAGAAAAUGGAAUCUAUUGCUGACUACAUAGAGAGGAAAAAAAAAAUGAUUGAAAACUGCAGCAGUACUCUUAAUGAAGUCAAGGUGCUGGCCAAAAAAUCGAAUCACUUAAGAGCAUCAGAAAAAGGCACUCCACAUACCAGUUCUAAGAAACAAACCAGUGGCAAAACAUUUUUAUUCAGCCCGAAUCGAGAAAGAGGCAGAUUCUCUGCCACCUGCACUCCUAGUAACCUCCGGCGCUCACCACGCAGUCCUCUGAAUGCUGCCAGUCAGAGUAUUUUAUCUAGGAAAUCUUCAUUUAAUCCUUCUGUCCUUUCAACAACCAAAAUGAAUGUCAGGUUCUCGGAAGCCACAAAAGAUAAUGAGCAUAAACGCUCUCUUACCAAGACUCCUUCUAGAAUGUCUCCAUACCCGGAGGAGAUCUGCACACCUGAUAGCCAGAAGAGCUGCACAAUACUAAGUCAGAAAAACAGCAAGGGAAAUGCACGAAAUAAUGAUCUGACUGCAUCAAAGGUUCUCACUCCUUUCAAGUUCGCGGCUCACUCCACAGAACCCACGAGCACAAAGAAGACAUUUGAUCUCAAAGCGAGUCUCUCAAGGCCGCUUCGGUAUCAGCCACAUAAAGGACGACUAAGACCUUGGGGAGAAUUUAAAGAAAAUACCGUUCUAAAUAAGUCUGCCAGUAGCAAUGUCUCUUCACAUCAGGAUUACAAACAGCCGCAUCUCCAGACAAGGGAAGAAAGGCGUGAGAAACACGAGCAAGAGAGAAAAAAGAGAAAGGCUCAAGCUCUUGGAAAACGUAGAGGACUAUGCGUGGGUUAGGAGGAAUAAGAAAUAUCUAAGAAAACACUGUAAAUACUGUUCCUGUCGUGUAAAUAUUUGUGCUGUCUGUGUGUGGUUUGGGUUGCUGUUAGCUAGUGGAGUCCAGUGAGCACUGAAUGAGACCUUAAAGUAAUGUUUUAGCAAUCGACUUCUCUGACAUGAGAGUUCUAAACGUUUAGGAGCUCAGAACUAUCCUUAGUUCCUCAAUGUUUUCUCUUAAGUCCUUUAACUAAAAGAUGUUAAAGGAGAAAAUGUAAGUGGAAAGAAGAUGCUCAAGAGGCCUCCCUGCAACUUCGGACAGGCUUCCCCAGCAGAAUGCAUUUGUUUCCCACUAGAAUGCAGUUUGGACAGCUAGCUUCAAAAUAUUCCACAGGUAAAUCACAGGAGUGGGAGAUGUCUGCCUGCCCUCUUCUCCACAUCAAUCUUUAAAUUCUGUAACAACUGCUACAGCCUUACUUGGCACUUCUAACAGCAUGUCUAUGAAAGGAGUAGGGAAUUUCCAAGAGAAGAAAAAAUAUGCAAGCUCUCUGGAAAACUCUAAAAGCUUACAGCAUAACAUAAUCGUCAAAUGACAUAUUUUUUAGAAGUCUCAGCUGAACAGUGGCUUUCCAAAUUACCAGCUGGAUGCUUUGAACAGUUAUGGUUGUUCUGCUCUCUAGCACAGAAAGGAAUAAACGUUAACAAAAUUGUUCUGCUUUUCUCUGUGGUGCUUAAGAGGUUACAGUAGCGUUGAGGCACACUCAAUACCAUAGAUUUAAAAGCUGUUGUUACUGUUUCUUUCAAAUAUAGAAAAGCUGUCUGGAUUUAUUAUGGAUGGAAUUGGAAAGGUAAUUUAGCAGUUGUAAUCUCAGCUAGCAUUUUGACUUUGGUGUCCUAACAAAUAUAUGUUGAAAUAUUGAGAACAAGCACUUUUUUUGUAAAACUUAAUGGGGGGAAGUAAAAUACUUUGUGUAUAUCCUA